CUUGGCGUAUAUAAGAAAGCAACCUGUUGAUCCACCUCAGUCGAUACAGUGAGUCCGAUCCGUGAACCCGCAGAGUACAAACAGCCAAAAAAUGACCAAGACCAGAGUUUACGUUAUCGGAGUGGGCAUGACCAAGUUCGAGAAGCCCGGUCGUCGAACUGAUGUUUGCUACCCGGACUUCGCCAAGGAAGCUGUUACAAAGGCUCUCCAGGACGCGGGCAUCAAGUUCGAGGAAGUGCAGCAGGCGGUGGCUGGCUACGUUUACGGUGACUCCACCUGCGGACAGCGGGCGAUCUACGAGGUGGGCAUGACCGGCAUUCCCGUCUACAAUGUGAACAACAACUGCUCCACGGGAUCGAGUGCCCUGUAUCUGGCCAAGCAGAUAGUCGAGGGCGGAAACGCCGACUGCGUCCUGGCCCUGGGAUUCGAGAAGAUGGAGCGUGGAUCCCUGUCCUCAAAGUACUUUGAUCGCGCCAAUCCCAUGGAGCGUCACAUCACUGAAAUGGGUGAACUGACCGAGAUCGGAGCUGGCCCUAUGGCUGCCCAGAUCUUUGGCAACGCAGGCAAGGAGCACAUGAAGAAGUAUGGCACCAAGCCCGAGCACUUCGGCAAAAUCGCCUGGAAGAACCACAAGCACUCGGUUAAUAAUCCCUACUCGCAGUUCCGCGAUGAGUACACCCUGGAGCAGAUUAUGAAGUCGCCCCAGGUGGUGGAGGGCGUGCUGACCAAGCUGCAGUGCUGCCCCACUUCGGAUGGAUCAGGAGCUGCCAUCCUCGCCUCGGAGGCCUUCGUCCGCCGCCAUGGAUUGGAGAAGCAGGCAGUUGAGAUUGUGGGCAUGGAGAUGGCCAGUGAUCCAGCAUCUACCUUCGCCGACAAGAGCCUGAUGAAGAUUGCCGGAACCGACAUGACCCGUCUGGCCACUCAGCGCCUGUUUGCCAAGAGCGGCUAUAAGCCCCAGGAUGUCCAGGUGGUGGAACUGCACGAUUGCUUCUCGGCCAACGAGCUGGUCACCUAUGAGGCCCUUGGACUGUGUGGAGAGGGCAAGGCCGGCGAGUUCAUCGACGCCGGAGACAACACCUACGGCGGAAAGUUCGUGGUGAACCCCAGCGGUGGCCUGAUCUCCAAGGGUCAUCCUCUGGGAGCCACUGGUCUGGCUCAGUGUGCCGAGCUCUGCUGGCAGCUGCGUAGAUUGGCCGAGAAACGCCAGGUGCCCAACGCCCAGCUGGCUCUGCAGCACAAUCUUGGUUUGGGAGGAGCCGUGGUGGUGGCUCUCUACCGUCUUGGUUUUCCGGGUGCCUCUAAGGCAAAGUUGUAAGGGUUGAGAACUGAUUUUUGUAAAUAUUUGUAUUAAAAGUGAACUGCUUAAAACGUU